AACAGCGACGGUAUAUAUCAGCUAUUUUUUAAUAAUUUAGAGAUAUUGUUAGAAUAUAGAUCAAAUUGAGUCGUAUUUUCACAUUAUUUUUCAAUGAUUCAGGAGUAUUUUUGGAUCAUUUUGAAAAAAGCCAUGAGUGAGCAGUGGAUCAGAUUUUAGCUGAUAACUCAAAUUUCCUAAUUUCGCUAUGUGCAGUUGUUUUUCUCCUACUACUAGUUUCUUUCCUCAUUCUUCUUUUUCGUCUUCUUCCUUUUCAUUUUGCUUCUCUACUUCCAAAUCAAUCCAUAAAACCCUACCCAUCCAUGCUGCCAAUUUAAAACUUGGAAUUUUCAGUAAAAAGAAUAUACCCAAGUCGUCGAGCAGUUCAGAUGGGUAUGAUUUUUUCGACGAUUUAUGGUUGAAAAACCAGGAACAAACUGAAAUCCCUGUCAUUCCAUCUUCAAGAAUUGAAAAACAAUUGGAUGUUGUUCCAAGUACCGGAGAAAGAAUUGAUGAUGAUGAUGGGAGCGUUGGGUUUCUUGAAUUCAACAAUAAGAAGAUAGACAGGGAAGCUAAAUUGGAAAAGAGAAAUGUGCGGAGGAAGAAGCAAUUGAUGAAAAGGUCUAAUUUGAUUGCCAAGCAAGUCAUCAGUAUUCGCUCUGCUCUCACCUUGGGUUUUGUUUCCCAGCUUUGGGUCGAUAUUAAUUCUUGGAUUGUUUUUCUAGUUGAAGUGCGGCCAAACUUACUUUCUGGCGAAGGGGAAAAGUUUCUACUGGAGGAUGUCAAACAGGUAGGAGAUGUUGUGCUCGUUGAGGAUGAAACUGUGAUGGAAAAUGAAUUUAAGCUUGUUGGACUGCAGACGCUGGUGGGGUACGAUGUUGUAACACCACGUGAGCGGAAUAUUGGGAAGGUUCGUGGCUAUACUUUCAAUAUUAACUCAGGGGCUGUAGAAUCUCUUGAGCUUGAUUCCUUAGGAAUAUCCAUAAUACCAUCCAGCUUGGUGAGCACCUACCGUCUAUUUGUGGAGGAUGUAGUCGACGUAUUAUCAGAUACAAUUGUUGUGCAUGAAGCUGCAACCUCAUGCCUACAGAGACUUACAAAGGGCUUCUGGGAUGCCCAGAAAAUGGCUUACUCUGCAGAUGAAAUGCAAGAUUACAGCAACUUAAGAAACACGCCUCCUAAGCCGGAGUAUAGCAGAAGCCGUAAAAAAUCUUCAGGAAAGAAGUUAAGGAAGAAAAUGAAAGAAUUUGCUGAUGAUUGGGACCUCCCUAUGGAUUUCUUUUAAUCUGCUAGAUUUCUCCACAAUGUACAUCACACCGAAAAGGACACUGAUUCUCUGUCCAUUCUUAAAAUCUUUGUUUCAACACAGUUGAUAAAUAACAAUGACAAGAUACCCCCAGUGUAAUCCCACAAAUGAGGUCGGGAGAGAGUAGGGUAAAAGGUUUGCUGAGUAGAUAUGUUCUUUCGAAGAGCUUGUUUAUCCAGCUUUUGUAAUCUGUGUAGUGUCUUAACACAGUUGAUGUAGAAUCGUAUAUGGAACUGGAUUCCUCCAAAGUGUCAUGUAGCUAAUUGUAUGACCAAAGUGACCAUAAUUUCAAAAAAACGACUGCUUCCAAAAUUUA